UUGUGCAACAUUGUAUCAUUCAUUCCUUGAACUCAUUGACUUUAUGAACAAACUCUCUUAACUCUAUAUAUAUUGCUCUUAUAAGCAUGGUUGUUUUCCAUCAAUCUUGUAUUCACUUACUGAAUACAUAACCAUGACCAUUGAAGUCGAAGUUGUCUCCAAGGAGACCAUCAAACCUUCGUCUCCUACACCUGAUCACCUCCGCAAUUACCAACUCUCCUUUCUUGAUCAAGUUUCACCUCAAUUUUACAUGCCUUGGGUUCUAUUCUAUCCCAAAGACACCAAUUCUAAUCUCAACAGUCUUGAACAAAUUGAAAGGAUUAAGAAAUCCUUAUCCGAGGCCUUAACACAUUUCUACCCGCUAGCUGGACGGAUUAAGGACAAUUUUUAUAUCGAAUGCAACGAUGAAGGCAUACACUACGUCGAAGCAGUGGCCAAAUGCAACCUUUCUGAGUUUCUUGAGAAUCCAAACCCUGGUGAGCACAACAAAUUCCUACCAUAUGAAUUGGACAAUAUAAAAGAUGUACUUGCAGCUGUACAAGUUACCUCCUUCAAUUGUGGAGGGAUCGUGAUUGGCCUAGAAUUAUAUCACGUCAUAGGAGAUGCUUCAUCAUUCUUCUUGUUUAUCAACAACUGGGCUGCUGUUGCUCGUGGUGGUAGCAUCAUAGUGUCUCCUCAGUUCGAUGCAGCAGCUAAGCUCUUCCCACCAGUAACUAUCUCUGGCUUCAAUCAAAAUAUGGGGAUGAUAAAAGAAAAGCUAGUGAUAAAGAGAUUUGUGUUUGAUACUUCUGCUAUAGCUGCUAUUAGAGACAAAUACACUAGCAGCAACACAGAAAUUGAAUACCCACGUCCUACACGUGUCGAAGCCUUAUCGGCUUUCAUACACAGUCGUUUCAUUGCUGCUACUCAACCUGAAAAAGACACCAGUAAGCUCUACCCGGUGUUUCAAACAGUGAACAUGCGUACGAGGUUGGAUCCACCACUUCCAGAAAAUUGUUUUGGAAAUAUUAGCCAAUCCACAGUGUUUGUAGUCCCUAAUGAAACUGAGGAUGAUGGGUUUUCCAGCAUUAUUCUCCCAAUGAGAGACUCGAUAAAGAAAGUCGACCUAGAUUAUGUCAAAAAACUCCUGGAAAGUGACGGACACUUGAAUUUUAUGGCAGAGGUCACUGAAAAAGCAAACAAAGGAGAGGUGGUUGCGUUUGCCUUCACCAGCUUGUGCAGGUUUCCUAUAUAUGAAGCGGAUUUCGGGUGGGGGAAGCCUAUUUGGGGAGGUUCUACAAAAAUGUUGUACCAAAAUCUAGUUACUUUCUUUGACACCAAAUCAGGAGAUGGAAUAGAGGCAUGGAUUAAUUUGAUGGAGGAAGACAUGGCUAAAUUUGAAGGGGACAAGGAGGUCAUGGAGUAUGUUUCAUUAGUAAAAAAUUCUGCGUUAUAGGCUGUCUGUCUAGGAUAGAUAGUCAUGGUUUUAGCCAAUAUAAGGUCAAAAGUUUGGUUAGUUUGCAAAAUAUGUUUUUAAUCUUUCAUGUGUUUAAAUUAGUUUCCCUUGUGUGAAAUAAGAUAAUUUUCUUCUUUCCUUCA